CUCUGCUUGAGAGUUCACCAUUAAGAGAAGGUGGCAAGGUCGACGAAAAAAUGUAUGCAGAGACGGGGUUUCUGUAUCCAUAUUUCCAAGGUUUCUCCCAGGAAAUUCAGCAACUCGAGGACUUCUGUCGGUUCCAGAAGACCAAUGCUAUAGGGGACAACCUGUUUCAGACCACCGUAUCUGAAUAUGACCUGGGAGGAGAAGGAGAUCUAUUUAAAGCUCCAGAGCCUAUCAUCGAAGAACCUAUGAUACACCUUGAUCCCAUGGCAGCUGCCAUUUCGAUGAUUUCUUGUGGGGAAGAUGUUAUACCAUCCCAAACAAUUAAAGUCACAGAUAUUGAUAUUCAAAGCGAUCAGCUGUUAAGUGAGGUUUACUAUGAGUGCAAGAAGGAUUUGUUGGCAAACUCCAGCAUAGAGGAAUCAUUUCCUGAGGACCUGGAUGUCAAGAUUCCUGCUAUCCAGAUGGAUGAGAAUCCAACAGCAGAGAAACAUAGGUUGACUUCAGACACACCCAUCCCAAAAAGUGUGAGUUUUGAGUGUUUGAGCUCGAUGGACCAGUUUCAUGGGGGUGCCGCCAGACCAAAUUUUCUGGAUUUUCAGGGAGUGGAUUUUGAAACUGUCUAUGGGAUGCGGAGGGCCUUUAGUGAGGGAGAUAUUCAGACUCUUGGUAAUGGGAACACGAGCUUCAUCAACUCUCACUUUGAGCGCCCAGUAACCAUCGGCAACUAUACCCUUGAAGAACGCCGGCAAAGGCUUUCGAGAUAUAGGAAGAAAAAGACAAAGAGGAAUUUUGGCAGGAAAAUUAAGUAUGCAUGCAGGAAAGCUUUGGCUGACAGCCAGCCAAGAGUACGAGGAAGGUUUGCUAAGACUGAAGAAUCUGAAGUUCCGAAGAGUUAGGAGGUUUGUAAAUAUGGCAGUAAGAAAUUAGGUUGCCUUUUCAUGGAGAAUAAAAGUAAAGGAAGAGAUAUUAGCUUGCUAGGUUCCUUCAAGAUUGUCAGGAUCAAUUAGGGAGACCUCAGAUCUUGGAACUAGUUUGUCUUCUUCUUUGUAAUAAUCUCUUCUGUAGUUCAACCCUUUAGAGCUGUAUAUAUUGUUUGUUGAAUAAAAGAUGGCAAAAUUUCUACUUGUUC